UUCAGGCCAAGAAAUGGAAGAUUCUCAGAGUGGUGAGGAAAACGCUGAUAUUGAGGAAACAAUUCCAGGCGAGUCCAGUGAUGAUCUAGAUAUUGGAGAUAUAGAGAACACACGUAAGCGUCAGUUGGGGAAGAAAGCAUCGAAACAACUAAAGAAAACAGGGAGAGCAAAAUCCAAUGCCCAGGAGGAAAUGCUAGAGGAUAUAAUUAAGGAGCAGCAAAGUUUCAAUGAACAUUACAAAGCACAAUCACUAAUGAAGAUGGGACAGAGACAAGCUGAGUUUGAAGCAAUACAAGCUAAGUCUGCGGCAAAGUUUGCGGCGAAACAAGCUAGGCAAGAAAAACUCGAUUUAAAGAAAGAAGCGGACGAUGACUUGGCCAUAAUGUUGAAGGAUGUCUCUACAUUGGACACUGUAACAAGAGAGUACUUCGAACUUCGAAAGAUGGAAAUACUACAACGCAAAAGAAACCAAUCUUAAAGCAUGACCGAAUUAGUUGAACCUUAAUAUUUAUCAUUAAUAAAAAAAUUAGUGAGUUUUAGUCAAUUUUAGUGAAUUUUAAUUUUUAUAUGAUAAAUAGUACAUUAGUAAGCAACGUUACAACAUA